GAGCAGCACUGCCACAGACCCAAACAUUUCGCUCCCUUGUUCGUUUUAUUGCAGCGCAAUUAAAUAAGAUACGUUUGUUGUGGCCAGUGCUGCAACCCACCACCACCCGGAUCCACCAUUCCCUGGCGCGAUGUCACAGGUUUACUUGCUGCCGGUGGCCACGUUCCUGAUCUUCCAGGUCACUUUCCUCGGCACGUACAUCUUCGCCGUGCUGGAGGGGCAUGUGGUACCCACGGUUCCCUACAUCAGCGAUGCAGCCACCUACUCGCCGGAAAGCUGUGUGUUCGGGCAGCUUAUUAACAUAGGCAGCGUUCUGCUUGGAAUCACCAUCUACGUGCGCUACCGUCAGGUGCUGCAGCUGUAUGAACACCACCCGGACUUGGACGGGUCGGUGCUGCGCCAGAACCGACUGGCCCUGUGGUUCGGACUGGUGUCCUGCCUGGGCAUCAGCAUCGUGGGCAACUUUCAGGAGACGAACGUGCGGAUUGUCCACUUUAUUGGAGCCUUCUGCUGCUUCGGCUGCGGCACCUUGUACUUUUGGAUGCAGGCGCUCAUCUCGUAUCUGAUCUUCCCCAUGUCGGGUACCCGCAUUAACGCUCACUUGCGGCUGGGCAUGUCCGUUGUCUGCACGAUCCUGUUUAUCCUGCUGGCGGUCACCGGCGUGAUGUCGCACAUCCUCUUCAAAGGACAGAAUCCGCGGAAGUGGUAUCCCUCGGACGGCGGCUGGUACCUCCACGUGGUCAGCUCUAUUUCAGAGUGGAUCAUCGCCACCAUCUUCAGCUUCUAUAUCCUCUCCUUCACGAAUGAGUUUCGCGACGUGUCGCUGUCGCAUCCCCAGAUUGCCCUGAUGUCCUAUUCGACCACCAUCUAGAGCUUACCUUCAUAGAUUAGGGGUAAAGAUCAGCGUUGGAGUAGACAGCGGUUCCUUCACCUUCAACAUUUUAAGUACAAUCUAAGGUAGCAAGAGCACGGGUCUUGAGGACGAUGUGCUGAGCGGUUGAUGUGCAUUCGCACUGCGGCCUCUCGCAUGCCUUUCCUCUCUUUCCGGUGCUCUUUCUCUGUCGGAUUGCUGUGAUAUGUGCAAAGUGUUUCCCAAAGACUGGGAUCGGGUAGUUCGAAGUGACAGUAUGCUUUUUGAUUGAAGAGUUACAUUUAUUGUUUACCCGCGUUCGUUUUUUCAAUACACAUUAGAGUUAUUAAAUCGGUAGAAAUAAUUUGUAAAAUAAAAAGCAAUUAAAUAUAA